AAUCAGCUGUUUUCGUGCAUGUUUGAAAGAUCAACAAAUAAUAAAUCAUUAAAGAAGUAUUUAAUAAACACGUAGACGUAAUAAUAUUUUAACCCAAAAACAAUCAAGAGUUGCCUGAAAUUAAUUUGUCGUGCGGUCAAUAUGAUUGAAAUGACUUUGGAAGAAGAUUUACCUGAGGAAUUCAGGGGCGGUACUUUGAGAAUCGGGGCCGAAAACAAAUUAAAUGAGAGCUCGAAAGCUACAUCACCGAACAUAUUGACUCCCGCUGAUAAGACUGAUAAGGAAUCUGCAGAACUCAGUAGUAAUAACAACAAUUGUCACUGGAGAAAUGCUUUUAUUGCACCAUUUUCCUCUAUCCCAAAUAAAAUCACAGAAACUAUAUGGAGUUCUAAAAGUAAAGAAACUACUCCUGCGCCUAAUACUAUCGACAGAAGCGUACUACCGUCGAUUCCAAUCAAUGAAGACCCCAACAACUUCUUCACAUUCCGUGAUGGGGUUAUGGAAAGAGCCGUUAGAGAAUGUAUAAAUCAAUUUUUGGAUCCGACAACUGAGGGUCCACUAUAUGCUUCGUUUUUGCUCACCCAAAUUAAUCAUUGGGAUAUUGAUAAAGAAAGGCUCAUUCUAGUCACAGCCAAAAGUAUGGUUCUGGUUAAAUACGACUUUAUCGCAUUAAAGAGGCUGGACUACCAAAAAAUUUCUCUUAAUGAUAUCGAAGGAAUUAUAAUCGGUAACUUGGUUUAUCCAAGUGGAUCUUUAAUACCAAAAAUAAAUGGAUUUGUCGAUGGUCUGUCGAAUAUUUUGGAAAUUUGUAUGCUUAAAAAAUGGUCCAAAAAAGAAAGUCAGCAGCAGCUUGAAAGUUUGAAUCAAUCUAGAGAACGCAACAUGAAAGGUAUACGACUGUUGCUCAAGCAGGAGAAAUCCGACAAUUUGGCCUCGAAAUGGAACCCUUUCAAUAAUGAAGUUCCAUUUUGGACUUUUACCUUCCAUCCCCUGUACUUCCAUAAAGAUUGCACGGAUGAAAAAUUCCGAAGUUUGUACAACCUAGAACUGUUCAUCGAACAGCUGUGCACGGCGGUAAACAAAAUUAAGGAAAACAGCGUAAUACUACACCAUAACAUCUUACUAGAAAAUUACAUCGGAUUGGGGUCUAUAAUACACAACAGGAAUUCCCUUGGGUUUUUUAAAGUCAGAGGAAAAUUUAGUUUUUAGAGUAUCCAUAUAAAUGGGAGAUGUUUUCGAUGUGAUAUUUGUCAUUAUAUUGUUGUCAAUUAAAUCGGUUAUGUCCAAAUAACUCCUACUUAAAAUAUAUUUUUAAACCUCCACGCUUUACCGACAGUAAAUCGUCCGAAUUAAAUCCGGACCAAGAAUACUACAUAUCCUAUAGUUAUUUAGACAUAAUUGUCCCAAGUUAUACCUCGAAUGAUUCCAUUUUAUAAAUGUUUGUGCACAUAAUAUAUGAAUGUACGUAAAUACUGUACCGCACUUUUAUAUGGUUUAUUUACCUACUUUAUUGAUUUAUAAACUUUUAUUGGGCCUAAUAAAUGGUUGUUCUUA